AACCGGCGAGAGCAAUUUUGAAAUGUACGACGCGAUGAAAUCCGCAUCUGCUAGUAACGCUCCGGCGGAGAUGAGCGUUAGCUCAGCCGCAGUGGAGAGUCGCAUCGGCUCCGGCGAACACGAGAUGCAGUUUCUCAGCGAAUCCAUUCUACCCUUGCCUUCUUACGCCGUUAAGGAUCUUCUGUUCGUCGGGCUUAGUAUGUGUGAGAUGCAGCUUUCGGCUACUCGGAAUCGAGCAACAAGUUUAUUGUUCUUCCUCAUUUUCACCAUCGCUACUGGAUUCAUUUCUUGAAGAAUCAACGUCUCCGGAAGCAGAAGUCGAGUCGGAAUUUUGCAGCGUUUGCUUAGGUAUAUUGCAAUUCAAGUGGCGCGAUGAUAAGGAAACAUUAGUGAAAAAGGAGAGCGCCAAUGAUCUGACUGAAUUGAUUGCUGAGAUAGUGAAGCACGAAGGCCAUCAGAUCGAUAGCUUUUCUCUGGAAGUAUCUGUACCGCAAGGAAUACUGGAGAACGAAUCCGCGAUUUUGGCAUUAAAUCCAGUAUAGAUUCUUUCCGAAUCCAUUUGACAUACACAUUCGGAGGUCAGAAUUAAAAAUCUUAAAGUUGUGGGCAGUGAAGGUUGGACACUGAUGCGUGAAGGACAAUCAGAGAAGCAGGUAAGUUUUUUAGCUACAAUAAUUUUACCUUUUAGGAAAAUUUUGUUCCAUUUGGACAAAUAUUUGGGGUUGAUUAUUGGACCUGGAUACACCUUAUCUUUUACCAUCCCAAGUUACAUGUUUCACACAUAAGGAGUAUGCUGCGCUAGUGUGGAUUUCUCGUCCACUUGACGACAAAGAUUUGAAAACUAUAUCUUCACUCAAGGACAUGCAAAUUAUGCAAAAGACUCCAAUAAGAGUGCUCCAUUGUUAAAGUCCGUUGGAGCAGGAAAAACUUAUACAUUGGAUGAAAAUUGAGAGGAUUGCAGGAAGUUCUCAAUGUUUUCUACUGUAUCUCUGCACUCAGGCAGGAACAUAUUUCUAGGAAUUUGUUCAUGGGGAUAUCGGGCGGACUCACCCAAGCGUUGGAUCAAUCCUUGGAUGCAGAGCAGAGAUACUGCAACUUAAUGUUACAGACGUCAAAAUGGACUGUUUUCUAACUGGGUGAGGCAAUACGCAUUCCAAUAUAAUUUUUUAUGUAUU